AUGGAGGAGCUCUGCCUGGAGGAUCUCCAGCUCCUCCGCCAAGAUGCGUUCAUCGAUUCUCCUUCGCCACUUCGAGCGUUGUUCUCCUGCCGAGCCAUAAUCUGUAACCCGGCCUCUUCCGAAGUCGCCUUGCGCUCUGUUGUCGACGCCAUCGUCCAUCUUCUGGGACGCGAUCCUUCCCCACCCCUCCUCCGCCCCGCGGUGAAGCUGAUCGCCGACGUCGUCGUUCUUCACCCCGCUCUCAUGCCCUCCGUGUUUGCCGCCGUGCGGCCGCUCCUGAGUUCCGGCAAGCGUCCCGCCGCAGAAGCUCUGGCUGUUCUAGUUUCCGCAGCGCAGAGCGGCGGCGAAGGCUCGUUCAUGGUCAGAUCGGUAAUGGGGGAAGAUCUCAUCCUCUCGCUCGCCUCCAGUCGUGCAGUGGCCGUUCGUUCGCAGCUCCUCAGAUUGUUGGCUCUCGAAUCCCACUAUGUCCGUGAAAUGAGCUCUGCCGACGGUCGACUAGUCGCUGUGCUCCGCGUGUUCUUGGGCCUGACUGCCGAUCUGUAUCCCUCGGUAAGAAGUGCGGCUCUGGACGGCUUGCUGGUGCUCUGCGGGAACGCCGUCGCGUGGAUGGAGAUAUCGGUGAUGCAGAGAUGCUAUGACGUUGGGGUUGAGCUCCUUCACGACGUAGACGUGUUCGUUAGAAUGUCUGCCAUUCGACUGGUACUGCUUCACCUCUGAGUUAAUGCCCGCCGUGUCAUUUAUGACCUAUUUUAUGUCGCUUGUGAUAGUUGUUACCCUUGUUGUCAUCGCGUUCUUGAUCAUUUCCAUUUUCACAGAGAUGUCUGGUUAUCUUUUUCUUCAGGUGUCUGAGCUAGGCCAGAUGCUGAUGGCGACAAAGCAGGUGACAGACAAUGGCAAGUUUUCAGACGCACAAUUCCUUAUGGUAUUCUUCAGAUGGUAGCUCUGGGCUGGAUUUUCUCUUUAACUAUUAUUUUUCUGAAACAUCAACUAGAUGCCAUUUAACCCUCCAUACCAUUUGAUGGAUAUUUCUAUCGCGUUGUCUUGUCCGUACUUUGAAUGCUCCUGAUUGUAUCCAAUUCAUUGGAUUCAGUGUCACUUUUGUUGAGGUAUCUUGGCUGGUGUAAUUAAUUGGCAUCUCCCAGAUAUGUUCACAGUUUGCAAUCGAUGAAAGAUGGUUUCUUUUCAUUUAAAACUGGAAUCCUGCAUGAGGAACGCGAAUUUUAAUAAACUGAAACGAUCGUCAAGAGCUGGGCCUGAAGCGAUAAGGAAAUCAAAUAUUUUUUGAAGCUAGAUGGGAUUACAAUCCUCUUCAAUGGCAUUUAACCAUAUUUGUUGCUUCAAAAAUCGGAUCUGUCUGGGAAAUUUCUUAUCGAUGUUCCUACUGGAAUGAGGAGCUUAGACUGUGAUUCUUAUUUUUACUUUCUUCUCUUGUUCGUUGUUUUCACAUCUUCAUAUGUCACAUUUUAUAAAGUUCAAAUCAAUAAAGAUUUCUUUUUCGAUUCAUCUCUGGAGUCCCUAUUGAAGAAUGUUUUUUGAUCCAAUCCGUAGGAAUCACUAGAAAAGGCAAAUCCUCUAUGAUUCACCAGAUCCGGCUUCGGUUAUUGAUAGAGUGAAUAGAUCCGCCAUUUCUUGAAAUCUCUCUUCUGAUUCAAAAUCGUGGUGUAACGUGUAUCCCCGAUUGUUCCGGUCAUAGAACAGAUGAAAUAAAUCCAACAAUGGGUUUUUUGUUCAAGAAAGAAAUCUUAUUGGAACCGUCCAUAUCCGGUUCAUCCUUCGGAACUAUCAUAUCACAUCCCGGAUCUGAUGACAUAUGAUGAAUUAAGACGGUAUUUUAUAAAUACGUAAUUAUCUUGAAUGUAUCAACUAUUUCUUUAUUUUCUGAUCGCCAGGAAUUGACAAAAGAAGCAUCUCGUUUUUUCUUUAAAAAAAAUCUGAUUUUUAUUUCAUCCUUUGUUCCUUCAUAUGGGCUUCGUAAUUUAAUAGAGAUUUACUUCUCCCAGCUAUGCUCUGUUGCCAGAGAUAUGGAUAUGAGGGUCAGAGUUGAAGUUUUCCUCUCACUUGAAAAGAUAAAGCUGGUAUCGGAGAAUGUAUUGGUACAGUCUUUGUCUAAGAAAGUCAAAAAGGGCAACAGCGGAGGAAAAUCUCUUGCUGAAUUCAGUGAGGAAGGAUGUGGGUUACCAAUAUCUUGUGCUGCGGGGGUAUUUCUUCAGGGUCUGGAGGAUGAAUUCCAUGAGGUAUAUUGAUGCUCGUGAGGUUGUCUUCCUUCCAUGGCUUCCCAAAUAUCGACACUUUAGUUGUAUCAGUGAUCUCUCUUUAUUAUUACUGUUAUUUUUAUAAAGAUGAAUUUUCUGACUAGAUGUAUCUCUGUCGAAGGUCCGAAGAGCUGCAUGUUUUUCCUUGGGGACGCUCACAAUUUUAUAUGCCAAGUUUGCUGAUAAUGCCUUGGAUUUUCUAAUGGACAUGUUGAACGACGAUUCUGAUGCCGUUCAACUUCAGGCGCUGCAAACAUUGUUUCAAAUGACGAGCAAUGGCAAUAUGAACGUGCAAGAAAGGCACAUGCAUAUGGUUUGCUUCGGAACUGCUUUUGGAUUGAACAGGCCAAAGAAUCAAUAUCAGUGGAAACCUUAGUUCUGGAUCAUAGAUUUCCCCCGACCUACAUCUUUCCUCUUUUUAGUGGGGUUUAUAUCGCUGUUGGUUUAUUUUACACCAUGAAAAACCUUCGAUGCUUUCUAUAAUUUUUUCGUCGAAAAUCUUCACAACCGCUUGCAUAUUUUAUUAACUAAACUUUCAUCUGGCAUUUAGUGCUGCAAUUGACACAUUCUUGGCGGUGGUUGUAGGUUCAUACCUGAUUUUAUAUGUAUUUUACUGUGAAGUAAAUAAAUGCUUGAGGUAGCGAUGCUUUAUUUCUCUUCUUUGAUGAAUCAGCUUGGGUAUACCAAAACUAAUUUUACGUGCCUUCUCCACAAUUUUGGGGAAUCCUAUUCAGUGACACUUACGUGCUUACUUAAUGAGGAUGAACAUUGUGUUGAGGAUGAUCCAUUCCCAACAAAGAGCAGAGAUAAGAAUCGCUCUCUUUCUUAUUCUGUAAUGGGUUGACCAUUUUGAUCACCAUUACAAUCAUCCCAAAGCAAUACUCGAUGGAUGUCGUUCCAGGUCCUGAGGCAUCUUAGGAUGCUGUUAGCAGACUACCUGAAAAUCUUAUUAGCCUUUUAUAUUCAAUCCAAAAGCCAAAGCUUUUAGUCUAAUUGUACCCACCACAAACUGCUGAUCCAUGUGAUCCUCGAAAGUGUUCCUUUCCUUUCAAGAGUUGUUGUGGUCAGAUUUUUAUUAGUUGAAGCGUGGAAUUUUUUUCGCAUGGGUUCCUUGAAGUUUGGUUAGUAUGUGAACCAAAGGAAGGAUUGUGAGGAUGAUUGACUGUGGGUAAUCUGGGUACUCUGGGAUUGAAGGAUCCUACUAGUAUCGGUGGGAAAUGACCUUGAGUUGAUGAUUAAGUUAAUAAGAAAAAUCUAGGGUGGCUUCGUCAUGGAAACUUAGUACUGCAAAAAUGGAUUGUAUCUCCCUACCAAAGUAUAACGGUUGUAGUUAGAGACCGCUUUGGGCUGGUAGUCAAAGAGAAGUAAUCUGAUGCUCACAUUUUCUGGUAGCUUGUUAAGCUGUGGCUUUUUUGCCCACGAGAACAAGACAAUUGUUUGACGCUACAUUCUAUAAUAUUUUUAGUUACUUAGAUCGAUGGUGAAGAAUUUUCCAUAUACAUGGUAUCAUUCAUUAAUCUGUUGAAUUUCUAUAUAGUGUUGCAUUGGGAACUCUGUUUUUUUUUUCAUAAGAGUAUUCAUAAAUAAGUUUCUAUCAUUUGAUAUGGCACACGUGAUGUUCUUCACUUGAUCUCUGACUUGUAGCAAAAUUGAUACUGGUGACUUAUCUCCGUAGGGAUGUAAUAUGACGCAAUCACAUUCGUUUCUGCCCCUCAUUUCUCUUUCCACCCUUUGAUUAUGAUGGUUUCUAAAGUAUGGAUGAAUAUAUAGAUGACAUGGAUGAUACAGAGGUGGUUUUGGUGGGUUCAUACGCUGCUAAAAUUGGCCAAAGACAUUGAUGUGGUGGCUAUCUGAAUCCUAGGUUCUUCUAUAUAUUUGCCUCAUGUCCCUUUUUGCACUGAAGCCCUGGACUAGAUUCCUCAUAAUUUUUGCUCCUUCGAAGAUUCUAAUUUCUUCAACAAAUGAAGUAAAUCGCACUUCUGAUAAUGCUCAAAAUGGGCAGAAGCCUAUAAUUUUUCUUGUAUUUCUCUCUGAUUUCACAUCUAUCUUAUUUUCCCCUACUGUUGGACGCUGAACAAGCCUUAGGCAUGCAUCUGUGGUCUUCAAUAGUGCCUCUGCUUGUGUUCCCCGAACCAUUGUAUACACAUCUGUGUAAAAUGGUUGCGAUGAACUUGAUCAUCUGCCUUACAUGUUAUUUAUUGAUGAAAGUCUGAAAACUAUGUUUUCCCGAUUAUUAAUUGUACAUGUUCGACUUUUGGCCUCUGUCGGGCUUGCAGUUUCUUGGGACUUUAGCCAACAGUGGUGCUCCAAUCCGAUGUGCAGCAAGAAACGUCCUCAGGUUAACAAGGUUGCCAAAUAUGGCGUUAUUCAGGUUGUCAAUCAACGGGCUCCUUGGGAACUUGGAGGCAUACGGAGAGGUUUGAUCAUCCAUUCUCCCUCACUAAUGUGUGUCAAUGUUGUACUACCUAGAUUCCUAUAUUUUAAUAUAGUUGUCAUCUAAUGCGUGUGUACCCUAUAUGAUUAUGAUUAGGGUUCCUUCAGCGUGUUAUUAUUCUCACCAUUUAAGCUUUUCUUUUAGAGAAUUUUCCCUUGCAUUUCUAUCCAUGUUUAGAACACGAACCAUUAGUUCCUCACACUUAAAUUCUUGUUUCAGUCUUCUCUCUCUCUCUCUCUCUCUCUCUCUCUCUCUCUGUCUUCUGUGUCUACAGAUAAACCAUCUCUAUCCAUAUGACGCCGUUAUCAAACCUUCCUCUGCCUGUGGGUUUUCUUUGUAACACUGUUUUCACUACCCAGGAUGAAGAGGACAUAUUCGCUGCCCUAUUCUGCAUCGGCAGGGCCCAUAGAGAACUCGCAGCUAGAAUCACGGCAGAAUAUGCUCAAGAGGUAACCACCAUCUCUCUCUCUCUCUCUCUAGACAGUAUCUAUGUCUGAAAGUCUCAUGCUAUGGGGGGGAAUUAUGUAAAUAUCCCAACUUCCUCUUUUAGAGUUUCCUCUUUUAGAUUAAUCACGGGUUAUAAUUAUUUUCUCAUCUCCCUGCAGAUAGAACCUCCGGGCCCCGGGGAAAUGAACCUCGACAGGCCUCGAGUUGUUGCUCUUCUGGUCCUGGGUAUCGCUCCAUCUCUUUCCAAUGAGGCGUUGACCCAGACCCUGCCAGCAAGGAUGUUCUCAUAUGCCGUUCCAUUAUUGGGCAGGAUCUCACGCUCUUUGAAAGAUUUCAUAAGUCAGGAUGCCCUUUUAUCCUUUUUAUGCAAGCACAGUGGACUUCCCUUCUUAGAGACUGAGUCAACCUCUGAGCAGCCUCAGGUACGGCGGCAUGGGCCCCAUUUUUGAAAUUUUUGUUGACCCAGGUGAGUUGACCUCCCGUGUUGACAAAUUUCAGGCGGGAGGAACUGAGUCCGACUUAUAUGAGAUGCUGGCCCUCUCCACAGUCCGACGAGCUCUCAAGAGAGCCGCAGAGGCUUGGCAUAUGAUCAAGGCCCACUCCACCCGUGACGCAGUGGAGACUCUAAGGUGUUGGCCUCUGAACUCGAUGACACAUCGUGCCCAUGAUGCUCACGUGGCAUCCACAAGAUCUCUACCUUCUGGCAAACAAUUGAGUGAAGAUUUGUUCUUUUAUGCAGUGCCUGCAAGGAGGAGCUGGAGAUGGUUGACCAGACCGUGAGUGAGGCUUCUGCGGCCUGCUUGGUCUUCGCCCUGGAAUACGUUCAGCUACUCCUGCUGGUAGCCGAGGUGUGGGGUCAACUGCAACAACCCAAGGUACCACAUAUUAUGAGAAUAAGGAAAUUAGAUCUUCUUCUGGGUAAAUUGGAAGUCAACCUUGGAAGGAUGAGAUACUGCUUUCUGGGGUUGGGCAAGGCGGCGGAGUCCCAUUUGCUGGAGCUCUCCCUGCUUCAGUGUGUGCUGAGAUUAUCUACAAUCGGAACCCAGGAAGCCCUCAUCGUGAGGAAGAUGAGGUUUCUGAUCUCAAGAUUAGAACUACUGGUCAGUGAAGAAAAAUUCGAGAUUUCUGCUUUUGUCAAGGAGUCAAGAAACUUCUGUUCUCAAUGGGGAGUUCAUGAGAUCUCUGGGUCAACUCGCAUCGUUGACUUACUGGAACUCUGCAGCUUGGGUCAGAUGGAGAUAAGCGGAGGAGGACUCAGAUGCCGAAAGGCCGAGCUUCGAUCUCGAGCUGACGAUCCAGACCAGCUCCCUCUCCCCUUUGUUCCAGGGCUGCCCAUUGGGAUCCCACUUGACAUUACUCUACACAACAUCUCAAGCGACGAUAGGGUGUGGCUCAGGAUGACUGCCGGCGGGUCAACUCAGUAUGCCUUUCUCAGCUUGGACAGAUUUGUCGGCUCCGAUGUGGAGAGAAGAUGUGCCGCUGACGUACCAUUUUAUGCUACUCCGACGGUCCCCUUUCUUCUGAAGGCCUGUGUCUGCUUGGAGUGCUCCCGUGGGUAUCUGACGCGGAAGAGUAAAGGUCAACGGGGGCCGAGACGUGAAACCGUAGAUCUAACUGAAGAGAUGGAGAUUUAUCUCGUCGAUGUUGGUCAAACUGUGUUCUAA